CUGUCCAAUAGCAGCAGCAGCAGCAGCACAGAAGUCUGAGGCAAGUACAGUGGGAGUGAGGAGCGAGGCGAGAGCGAAUGCACACCACGGAUAGUGCUCAUUUCAAGUUUGUAAACAAGUUUCCUGAGCUGCUCUGUAUGGACUUCUUUUGCAGUUAAAAGGUGAAGAAACCUGCAGCGAAGACAAAGAGAUUUCAUCGAGCUGCCUGCAGAGUCAAACUUCCCAACAUCUGGUCUGCUGCAGGACGGGGCGAGAAACUUUUGGAGGCGGAGAGAAAAGUGUCUCCGCUGGAGAAAAAUGCACUGAAUUGAGAGUUUGGGUCACCUGCAUGAGCCGAGGAGUGAUUUGGUUUUCGUGUAAAGUGACAAGAGUGGAGGGCGAGAGGACUGGAAAGGUGUCGGAGGGCUGGAAGUCCACCUGGAUCGAGCAGAGAAUGAAUUAAUCCAAGACUUGGCUGCACAGGGUCCCAGCCAGAGAGAAGGCUCAUUCACCUCCUCCCAUAAGAGCCAGGCCUACGCCCAUGGAUGAGGAGAGGAGUGCCGCUGCCAUCUCCUCAGAGCCACCUGAUGAUGGAGAUUCUGGUCUGCCAGCUCCACAGUCGAGUUCACACACAACCUCAAACGCAGACAAAGAAAAUGGUUGCCUGAACCCGAACCCUUGUCCCAGUAGUAAAGAUGUGGCCCACACCUAUACUGAGCCCCUCAUAUUGAGGUCAAAUGGCACCCCGGAAAGGUUGCGAGGUGGCGAUGGAGACAAUCGCAUUUCCAACAGCACCUUCUCACAUUCAACGCUUACAACACCCAGUAAGAGUAUCACAUCUCAACCAGUUGCCAGAUCCACGCCUAUCCACCAUACCCAGCCAUGUCGGUCGCAGCCCAACAGCCAGCUACGCAACGGAGCCAAGAGCCACACACAUUCCUCUCACGCACACUGUCCGCAUCACACGCACACGCCUCACAUACAUGCCCUCCAGUCCAACGGGGUCAGGAACGGAGGCCCUCACGAGCAUCCUAAGCUGGGCUCCCUCCCGAGAGGCGGUUCAUCCACCUCCUCAUCCUCGUCAGCGGGACCCAAACACAGCAAGAAAUUGCAGUCCAACCCCUCCAUCACCUCCCAGAGCAGCAAGAGGAGCAAGAGCAGCUCCAAGAGCAACAGCUCCCAGAUUCCCACCGAGGCACAGGACGACUGCUGUGUUCACUGUAUUUUGGCUUGCCUCUUCUGUGAGUUCCUGACUCUGUGCAACAUUGUGCUGGACUGUGCCACCUGCGGCUCCUGUGCGGGGGAUGACUCGUGUUUCUGCUGCUGCUGCGCGUCGGAGGAGUGUGGCGACUGUGACCUGCCCUGCGACAUGGACUGUGGCAUCAUCGACGCCUGCUGUGAAUCUGCAGACUGUCUGGAGAUAUGCAUGGAGUGCUGCAGCCUUUGCUUCUCCUCCUGAGGUCCCUUAACCACCACCUACAUGGGGCAAAGUAGGUGUCUGCUGUGCAUUCCCACCAGUCCAGGAACAACUUCGACCAGCAUCUUAUCAGAGCUGAGAAGUGCAACACCUUGUCUUUUUUGCUUGAGCAUCGUGGUUCACAGUAUAUUGGCUGGCCUAGUUGGCUCUGCAAUAUGUCCAAUGUUUCCUACAGGGUUUGCCAAGCAAAAGAUGUGACCUAAUGCUGAGAGCAGUCACUGGUGAGUUCUUCCUUCCUUUAUUGAUCACACAAUGGGACAGUAACCUUCCUUGCUUUGUCUUUGCUGUUGGUUCAUUGCUGCACAGCUGGAUGUAUGGUGCAGAGUCAGUUCCAGCUGUGGACUGUGAGUGUUUGCCAGGCUGUACAGACAAGGCCUCUGGACCCACACUGAACAAGCUAUUAUUACAAUGGAGCCUCUUGUGCCAUCUGAUUGACUGGAGUUCUCCAAGCAUGAAAAAUGACCUCCAAAGGCAAAUGAGAAAAUGGCUCCAUUUAACCGGAUUUUAGUGUUUCUGUAGAUAAGAGCAGCAGCAUAAUGGGAAAAUGGACGCUCAGAUCUCACUAGAAACGUAGCCUGUCCUCCUGUCCUUGGCAAGGUUAAAGUCUUCCAGUUUGAUUGCUUACAGUGGCCUUUGUGACACACACAGUCCAAGUGGGAGAUGUUGAAUCCACCGCUGUCUUUGUCCUUGUUGCAUUGUACAAAACAGAGGAAACACAUGUGGCUUGUGGCAAUAUUACAGAUCUCUUGUGUUAAUAUGCGUCUUUCCUUAACUGGCCUAUUCAGAGAAGAAUGAUGAGAGCUUUGUGCAUCAGCCUGGAGAUGGGUGCUAUUAAAAGAGUGCUGUAAGUAAUGGACAUCACAGAGUGAGCGGUUGAUAGCAUCAGCAGUGGACACGUUCUCUACUCCAGCAUGUGAAGGGAGAGCAUUGAUAAUCAAAAAUCUCUCCUCAUUUAAUGUUUCUCAUCUUGUUUACUUUCACGUUUGAUUUGAGAGGCUUUGACUGUGUUCAGUGAAUUCCUGCUCAUCUAGGAAAGGACUGGAAGGCGUCAUCUCCUUUUUAAUACAUUUCAUUUUUCUCUGUCAUUCUUGCUAUGUGAACAAAUGGCCUUGGCUUAGCUUAAGGCCUGAAUUUCCAAGUAGGUUUCUUCGCCUUUACCAAAUCUCUAUUAAUCCUUGUUUUGUAGAUUUUAGUUAAGAUAUUUGCAUUUCUCCUCUAAUGUGAAAAUCACAUUUCUGUGUUAUCGGGUUUUGCCGGGCUCUCUGUAAAGCAGACAUUGCUCAACAUCUAAUUUAAUUCCUUGAGUGAAAAUCUCAUGACAUUAUGCUAAGUUAGAUCCAUAUGCUUGUAGUAUGAAUGGUACACUUUUGAUAACAGGCCUGCACUCUCAUAUGCUCCGGCGCAUACCUUCUCCAACCCAAUACCUCUUGAGAUGUCACCUAGAUCUGUUGUGCAUUUUAAAAUGACUUGAUACAAAUCUCUCUCUUCUCUGAUGAAAUAUUGUUAGAGAAAGCCUUCUUUUUCUUGAAAAUACUAAAGAGUUUGCUCUUACUGGACCUUAGUUUCUAGACCUAUAAUUACUUGUACAUAUAAGUGCUAAUGUGCUAUGCUAAUGGGGCUGUGUUUGAUUAAAACCCUAUUUUAAGGGUUGAAAUCCAGCAUUGACAAUGAAAAUAUACUACAGUCGUAGUCAACUUGAUAACACCAAAGCAGAUAAUGCAAGUGCUGUUUUACAGCUUGCAUUUUCAUCCAAUGCAAGGAAUUCAAUUAAUGCUACUUGAGAAGAUAUUCUGACUCUUCAUGUCUGUCUGAUAUCACUCUGGAUCUGUUUUGGGACACGUUCAAACUCAACUGAGAUAAAAUCCUGGAGCGCCCUGGAAAACAAUGCAAUUUUUUUUUUAAAUACAGAGAGAUUUAUGAAGGGAGAACUGAUUAUAAAGCGUAAUAAUGUGUAUAGAAGUGAUAACUAUGUUAUUUGUUUGUAUUUGCAAAAUAUUCCAAGUGCAGAUUCUAAAAAUGGAGCUUCAUCUAGGGACCUGCCCUCUGUCACCAGACCAGAAAAACAGCAAGUGUACAUUGCUAUAAAUCUCCCUGGUGUGUGCAAAGGUAACUCUUGAGUUUCAAACCAAAAUUAAAACUGAACUAAAGUAAUUUGUCAACAGUAGAGGACAAAUUAAUAGUAGAAACAUGCGCAUACCUACGGAGAGAGCUGGCUAAUGUUAGUGUAUGACUGGGUGGUACAGCUCAUCUACCUGUUAGCCAGGAGUGUCAUAUCCAACACUUUACCUUUCUAUCAUUUGGUUCAUGCAAGUAAGAAAAGGAAUACACAUUAUCAUGUUUCAUACAGCCUCAUUUUAUGCCUAAAACAAUAGGUUCUCUGUUUUUGACCAAACCCAGUUGACAUGCUGUUUCCUGUCAUUUAUGGCUGUGCAUAACCACAGCCUCACUCCAGCUCAAGUUUCAAGAAUCUUAACACUAUGCUGCAGCUCCACCCUGGACUCAAACCAAAGGGCCAAUCAUUUAGGCCUUCAAAACCAGGAUAAAUCCAGCUUUAAUUAAUGGGAAUCUCACCAACAGGCUUCUCUGCGAACUUAUAUUUAACUGAUUUGAUUUUGCUUAAAUUCCUGCACCCAUGCUCACAUGAGUGUCAUAAAAAAUAAAAGUACAUGUAGUGAAAAGUAUGGCUUUGUAAUUCUAUUUUUAGCAGUAAAUCAUAUCAGCAUGUGAGAACAUUAAUCCUCUUGUUGGUGUGUGAAGUGCAGUAAGAAGAUACAGCAGAGUUUGUCAGCAUUAAAGUUAGGUUGCGCUAUGCAAAAUAUAUCAGGUGAAGGAACAUUUUAAUAAAGUCUGCUUUUAAAAACAAUAAUUUAAUUUAAUGGUGUCCAAAUCUAUUUUAUGACUUGAUCAUGAAAUACUACUUCAUGUUUUAUACCCUAAGAGGUGUUUCACAGUUCGAGGUGAAUGGUUCAACCUGGAGGUAUCGCUGUUUACUUGGUCUGGUGAUGGAGAAUCCUGUCUGGAUGUUGAAAGUUCCUAGAUGAACUCUGAUCCUGACCUUAGAUCAAUCUCUGGAAAUUAGAGAUGACUCUGAGAUGUGGAUCUGAUGUUGUGUUUGUCAGACAGGUCAUCAUCUCAUUUCCAAAUAUCUCCCUUGUAUUAAGUCAAGCUAUUACAGUAAUACUGGAAGAAAAACACAAGUUUACUUUCAGUGAUUUCCUUAUUCAGUAUUAUACGUGUUUUUAUUAGAAUUACAUUGACCACAGAAAUGUCUGACUGUUGACUUUUAUGGAUUUAUUAUGUUAUUAUAAGACGGAAUUCGGACGUUUAUUUAAAGAGCUGGCCACCUCUGCUAAUAGUCUGAAAGUAAUCCUAGCCCAGCUGAAUUGUUACUAGACUGUAGUCCACUAUAAUGUCAUUUUGUUUACACUACCCCCAUUUAAUGUCAGUUUGAGUUGAUGUCCUGGAAGUCGCAUUAACAUCUCUUUGUUUAAUACUGAAUAAACAAUGUGAACUCCAAA